GGAACAGCCCGCACAGUGGGAAGAGACGAAGAAAAUAAACCCGCGGCUGAAGCUGGAGCUGCCACCGUCGCCGUGUGGAGCUCCCCCGCGCGGAUGAUGCCCGCGGUGCCCGCGCAGGGCUCGGGGCGGUGAGGCCCGGGACGCGGGGUAGCUAUGGCGACGACGAGCGCGGCCAGCCGCGCCGCCUGACAGGUGUGGGCCCCGGCGGCAGCCGGCUCGGAGCAUUAUGUACGCCAAAGGGGGUAAGGGCUCUGCCGUGCCCUCCGACAGCCAGGCCCGAGAGAAGUUGGCGCUGUAUGUGUACGAGUACCUGCUGCACAUCGGUGCCCAGAAGUCAGCCCAGACCUUUCUGUCUGAGAUCCGAUGGGAGAAGAACAUCACGCUGGGGGAGCCCCCGGGCUUCCUGCACUCCUGGUGGUGUGUGUUCUGGGACUUGUACUGUGCAGCGCCUGACCGCAGAGAGGCAUGCGAGCACUCAAGUGAGGCCAAGGCCUUCCAGGACUAUAGUGCUGCAGCUGCCCCCAGCCCUGUGAUGGGGAGCAUAGCCCCCACCGAUGCAAUGGCAGCAGGCCCCAUGGCACCUGGCUUCUUCCAGGGCCCUCUCGGCUCCCAGCCGCCCUCACACAACCCCAACACUCCCAUGAUGGGGCCGCACAUUCAGCCCUUCAUGUCACCAAGGUUCCCAGGGGGCCCCCGGCCCACCCUGCGAAUGCCAAGUCAGGUGAGAGAGCCUCCUGUGGGCCUCCCUGGCUCUCAGCCCCUCCUCCCUGGUGCCAUGGAUCCCUCCCCUCGUGCUCAGGGCCAUUUGAGUAUGGGCUCGAUGCAGAGGGUGACUCCUCCACGGGGCAUGGCCAGUGUUGGGCCCCAGACCUACGGAGGUGGCAUGCGGCCCCCACCCAACUCCCUCGCUGGCCCAGGCCUACCCACAAUGAACAUGGGCCCCGGAGUGCGUGGCCCAUGGGCCAGCCCCAGUGGCAAUUUGAUCCCCUAUUCUGCCUCCUCCCCUGGCAGCUACACGGGACCCCCAGGAGGUGGUGGGCCCCCUGGAACACCCAUCAUGCCCAGCCCUGGAGACUCCACCAACUCCAGCGAGAACAUGUACACCAUCAUGAACCCCAUUGGGCCGGGCACUGGCAGGGCUAAUUUCUCUUUGGGCCCGGGCCCAGGCCCAGAGGGCCCUAUGCCAGCCAUGAGCACGCUGGAACCUCACCACAUGAAUGGAUCUCUGGGCUCGGGCGACAUGGACGGGUUGCCGAAGAGCUCCCCCGGCGCAGUGGCCGGCCUGAGCACCGCCCCGGGCACCCCGCGGGAUGAUGGCGAGAUGGCGGCCACCGGGACUUUCCUGCACCCCUUCCCGAGCGAAAGCGUAAGCGACUGCGUCGACUCCCCCCCUGCAGCGGCGUCGGGCCGGAGGGGCCUGGCGGGCAGGCCCCGGCGGGGCGGCCGGGGGUCCAGAGCAAGACCGUGACCGCGGCGGGCCAGGUUGGGGGGCAGCUGUGGCAUCCUUCCCCUUCCAGCCCCUGCCCUGGUCUCACACUCGUAUCCUGCCCCCACCCUGUGACCCACACCCAGGCUGGCCUCACCUCCCUGACUUGGACAUCUGCCUCUUCCCCUUUUCCACAUACGCCCCACCCAGUCCAUUCGUCCUUUCUCCCUGGGGGGCGGGUCCCAGCCUAGGCCGGAGCUGAGCCCACCCCCGCGCGCCACCCCCUCAUCUCUCCGCAGUACUCGCCUGGGAUGACCAUGAGCGUGUGAUGGGGCAACAGCCCCUCGCCACUGCAGGCUGCCUCCUCUGCCCAGAGCCCCUGCCCAGGGCCAAGGGCCAGGGUCUCGGGUGGUCUUCAGGGGGAGGGUCUGAGGUCACACCUGGGGCAACUGGACUCCUGGAGGUCAAGGCUUGGAGGCUGGGAGGCCCCCCGCUCGAAGGACUCUCAUUUUAUUAAAAACAAAAAAACGCGAGGACCUCAGAUAUGCUCCUUUCUGUAUGGGCUUGGCCCCCCACCCUCAUCCCAAUUUGUUUUGUCCUGGGGGACUCCUUGGGGACCUCCUUUCCCCUGGACAGUAAGGGAUGGGUUCCCAUCAAUAAAUGUAAUUUGUUUUG